AGAGAGAGAGAAACAAAACGUGAGAAUGAUGAGAGAGAGAGAGAGAGAGAGAGAGAGAGAGGGGGGACAAUGAAGAAAACGAGAUAAGAAUGAUGAGUGUGUGUGAGUGAGAGUGUGCAUUUUAGAGAGAGAAAAUGGCAGAAUGAAGGGGGGAAUGAUGAGAAAGACGCAGAGAAAGCAGAGAGAGAAAGCUGAUAUAAAAAAGAGAAAGCAGAAAGGGAGUUUUGCUUUGAUAUACAUAACCAUAAAUAAAGCAUUGGAUCCAGAGAUCCAUGACCUGUGACCUUUCCUGUCACUUCUUUUGUACCCAUUUCUAACACAGGGAUCAACAUCCGUGAACUCUUUCAGCUUCAUUUUACAGAGAUGCAGGUUUCUCUCUCUCUAGAUCCAUGAACACUUGCAGUGACCUUUACAGUGGCUCUGGCUGAGGAACCAGCUGAUCUUCUCUCUCUAAAACACAUGAACACUUGCUGGAGCUUGUACAGUGGGACUGGCAAGUGUAACAGCUGAUAUUGUCUCUCUAGAUCCAAGAUAAUGGGCGGCAGGUGCUCGAAAUUUGCUUUUUGUUGGUGGCAUUCGCACCUCAAAUCAGCUGUGCUCGAGACCUCUGAUAUAGAAAAUGGUGGAAAGAAUGACUCAGAAUAUUUGCCUAGCUUCAGUGAGUACUCAUUUGAGCAGCUUAGAGCUGCAACUUCUGGUUUUUCAGCCGAUAAUAUAGUUUCAGAGCAUGGAGAGAAGGCUCCUAAUAUUGUUUAUCGAGGAACUUUGGAGAACAAUAGGCUGAUCGCCAUUAAAAGGUUCAAUAGAAUGGCAUGGCCUGAUUCUCGCCAAUUCAUGGAGGAGGCAAGGUCUGUUGGCCAGCUUCGCAAUGAAAGGUUGGCGAAUCUUAUUGGUUGUUGUUGUGAAGGUGACGAGAGAUUGCUUGUGGCUGAGUAUAUGCCCAAUGAUACCCUCGCAAAGCACCUUUUUCAUUGGGAGGUGCAGCCUAUGAAAUGGGCAAUGAGGUUGAGAGUUUCUCUUCAUUUAGCACAAGCUCUGGAAUAUUGUAGCAGUAAAGGGAGGGCUCUAUAUCAUGACUUAAAUGCUUACAGAAUCUUAUUUGACCAGGAUGGCAACCCUAGGCUCUCUUGCUUUGGUCUUAUGAAGAACAGUAGAGAUGGCAAAAGUUACAGUACAAAUUUGGCUUUCACCCCCCCAGAGUACAUGAGAACUGGAAGAGUAACAGCAGAAAGUGUAAUCUACAGCUUUGGCACCCUCUUGCUUGAUAUUUUAAGUGGAAAACAUAUCCCUCCUAGCCAUGCUCUUGACCUGAUACGGGGAAGAAAUUUUCUGAUGCUGAUGGACUCUUGUCUGGAAGGCCAUUUCUCAAAUGAUGAUGGAACUGAGUUAGUUCGUUUAGCUUCACGAUGUUUGCAGCAUGAAGCCCGUGAGAGGCCAAAUGUAAAAUCACUAGUUGCUUCUCUGGCUUGCCUUCAAAAGGAAACCGAGGUUCCAUCCUAUGUUUUGAUGGGUUUGCCAAAUGGGGUUGCAUCUCCAUUGCAGGCAUUGUCCCUGUCUCCACUUGGAGAAGCUUGCUCAAGAGUUGAUCUCACCGCCAUACAUGAGAUAUUGGACAAGGUUGGGUACAAGGAUGAUGAAGGAAUAGCAAAUGAGUUGUCAUUUCAAAUGUGGACAAACCAAAUGCAGGAAACAUUAAAUUCUAAGAAACAAGGAGAUGCUGCUUUCAGAAGCAAAGAGUUUGGAACGGCAAUAGAUUGCUAUACCCAGUUCAUUGAUGUCGGGACCAUGGUUUCACCGACAAUCUUUGCUCGACGCUGUCUAUCGUACCUCAUGAGUGACAUGCCACAGGAAGCCCUAGGUGAUGCCAUGCAGGCCCAAGUGGUCUCUCCAGAGUGGCCCACUGCCUUCUAUCUCCAAGCAGCUGCUCUCUUCAGCCUCGGUAUGGACUCUGAUGCACAAGAUACCCUAAAGGAUGGUGCAGCUCUCGAGGCCAAAAAGAACAGUAGAAACACAAUUGUAUAAUUCUCUAUUUCUUCUCUGUAUUUCCUUGUGUAUUCGUUUCUCAAUUUUCUUCCCUUUAAAGUAUUUGCAGGAUGAUCUUUUUUGUUUUCCUUUUUUUUUUUUUUCUUUUUUUUUUCCUUUUGGCUUUUUUGGCUACUUCUGUGGUUCCCUAUCAUCAUUUAAUCCAACGGUGGUGGUUCUUCGAGGGGUGGUGAGUGAUUUACUUGGCCUGUUAAGUUUAUGGGUAGGAUUGGGGUGUGCUUGGAUUGUUGAAUGAUGCAUUUGUGAUUGAGUGAUAAUGUUGAUUAAACUA